AUGGUACUUUCAUACGAGGGUGUCGCUCAAGGGUGAGAAUGUACUUUUCGGUGUUAUUGUUGUUUGUUUCGUGCUUGAGAAUAAAUAAGGCAACGGGUAUCGUUGUAUCCAUUCUUUACGUUAAAUAAAAGAUGAGAAACUUUGACUUGACGAUGAAUAAUACGGGUUGUGCAACUUGUACACUCGAACCACCGCCUGAUAUUCUUCAUAUACCGCCGCCGCCGUUUCCAGCAAUUCUCCAGCAAAGCUCCGAUUUUUAUCCGCACACGGACUUGUUGUCGUUCCCACCUCACCUAAAUGACAGCCCUUGCAAACAUUUCUGCGACCGCCGCUCCGAAGGGGUCCAAUACAUUGAAAUGCCGCAACAAGGGACAGUAUUUGACGACACGUGGUUGCUGGUCCUACUAUCCUCCUGCGCCGGUGUAAUUUUCAUAGGCAUUGUACUAGCGAUAUUACUCUUGAAAUGCAAGUUCAACAGAAGUGGUAAGAGCGGCGUGAUUUCCAUACCAAAUGCGACAUCUAGUAUACAAGCGAAGAACGGGAGGAUUCAAAACGAGGCUGUUCUCUAUCCCUGUGCAGCUGACACUAUGCAGGACAGCCGCGUGAUGUGGGCCACACUUACACCACGAGGUACCACCAGACACUAUCUGGAGGAGCAUACUUACGAAACAAUUGGCGGUGGACAAUUCCACAAGCGUGCCUGUUCAACUACGCCAACUGAACAUGUAAAACUUAAGACUUACGCAGAUCCGCCGGUCACCACUCCGAUUCAGAAUCGCUUGAAGGACGACAAAGCCUUUGAUAACACUGCGUUUGUAGAUUACGAAGAACCGUCGUUAAUAAAAACUGAUUAUUACCAGCUCAAUGAUGUUCUGGAGUCAAACGAUCCAGGUAUACCAAGAGGAACAUCACGUCCACGUGUCAGUUCGCCGACACGAAUCGAACAUCCAAAUUUACCACCCCUUAAUCUCCACCCUCACAAACGUUCUUCUCGCAAAGGAUCUGCUACACCACAAGCUUCGGAUACAUUAUUAAGAAGUAGCAUCACAUCGUCUACAUAUAUCCCUACUAUAUAAAUUUCACGUCCAAUCUUUGUUAUAUUUAAAGGCUUAUAAGCAGCGUACAGAACACAAGUACAUUUUGUAUACGUUAUCUUUACAUCUAGUCACUAUAAACAAGAAAAAAAAAAAAGAAUAACUGCCAGUCAAAUAAAACGACCUAGUUGUUAGCUAAUACAUGUAAAUUAUAUAUACUUCCUUCUUUAAUUAAUUUAAAAUUCUAGUAAUGUGAUCAAGUUAGCAUAUUUAGAUAUAUAACAUUAUGAAUAUGUUAAAUUUGUAUCGUGUAUGAACUUACAUAUGUCAAAUAAAAUUUAGAGAUAUAUGUAUAAAUUAA